AUGGCCUCCGCGGCGGCCAUCUCGGACGCCGACAUACCGGGGCCCGACCCCUCCGAGCUCAUCCCAAAGAAGCCCCCGCCCAGCCACGGCGAUGAGCAUCCUUCUGGCAAGGAGAGCUUCGGCCUCUUCAUGCAGAUUGUUCGCGGGACGGCGGUUAUCUCAUACUUCACCGUUGGCUUCGUUGUGAUACACUUGACACAGUUUAUUGGUGCACCCCUGUAUAUUAUCAACCGGGACUGGUUCUACGCAUACAUGGCCAUGACGAAGCGCCUGGUCGCUGUCUUGAUCAGCCACGGCACCAACCUCUGGGUUCCUAUUAAGAUCCGCAUCAGUGGCGAUGAGUCCGUGGCCAGCCAGAUACGUCCGACCGAAGAUGGAAACGUUCGCUUCCACUUCCCCAAGCGAGUUAUCCUCAUUGCGAAUCAUCAGAUCUAUACCGACUGGCUCUACCUCUGGUGGGUGGCUUAUGCCAAUAAUCCCGGCAUGCACGGGCACAUCUACAUCAUCCUCAAAGAAUCCCUGAAGCACAUUCCCAUAGGAGGAUGGGGCAUGCGAUUCUUUGGUUUCAUCUGGAUGUCGCGCAGGAUGGAUGUUGACCAGCCCCGUCUAGCCUACCGUCUGCAGAAGUUGCGCCAAAAGAGGACAGCUGCCAGCGGCAGGUCCUUCUUCAAUCCCAUGUGGCUGCUCCUCUUCCCCGAGGGUACCACGCUCAGCCAAAACAGCCGCAACAAGUCAGCUUCCUGGGCCAAGAAGAAGGGUCUGCGCGACCCCGAGCACGCCCUUCUUCCGCGCAGCACAGGCAUGUAUUUCUGUCUGAAGGAGCUCAAGGGUUCCGUCGACUAUGUAUAUGACUGUACCGUCGCAUACGAGGGUGUUCCACGCGGCAAGUUUGGCGAGGAUCUGUACGGAUUGAUCACAACCUACUUCCAGGGUCGGACACCCAAGUCGGCCAACAUGUAUUGGCGUCGGUUCCGCGUGGAGGACAUUCCUCUCGACGACCAGGAGACGUUUGAUGAGUGGCUCCGCGAGGAAUGGUACAAGAAGGACGCUUUCCUGGAGGGCUUUCACGAAAACAACCGCCUGCCGCCCAUGGUGGGCACGGAAAAUAAGUACGUCGAGACGGCAGUGCGCACCCGCCACGAAUGGGAGAUUUUCGAAGUCUACGCCAUCCUAGCGGUUUUCAUGGCCUUGGUCCUCGUGGUGAUCCCUCGUGUGCUCUAG